CCGCCCCCUUCCCCAUGCCCCUCCCUCUUUCUCCCCUCGCGCUGCCUCCCGGCCGGACCCUUCGCCUGCCCGGAGGAAGGACUACAACUUCCAUGAUGCUCGGGGAGGCAGGGGGCGGGCCGGCCGCGCUGGUGCUUCCGGCGGCGGCGGCGGCGGCGGCCGGGGACGGUGUGAGAGGUGGUAAGAUGGCGGCGGCGGCGGUGGAGUUCCAGAGAGCCCAGUCCCUGCUCAGCACCGACCGGGAGGCCUCCAUCGACAUCCUGCACUCCAUCGUGAAGCGUGACAUUCAGGAAAAUGAUGAGGAGGCAGUGCAGGUCAAAGAGCAGAGCAUCCUGGAACUGGGAUCGCUUCUGGCCAAGACUGGACAAGCUGCAGAGCUUGGGGGGCUCCUGAAGUAUGUGCGACCCUUCUUGAACUCCAUCAGCAAGGCGAAGGCAGCUCGUCUGGUCCGAUCCCUGCUGGACCUCUUCCUUGACAUGGAAGCAGCCACAGGGCAGGAGGUGGAACUAUGCUUAGAGUGCAUUGAGUGGGCCAAAUCUGAGAAGAGGACUUUUUUACGUCAGGCUCUGGAGGCAAGGCUGGUGUCUUUGUACUUUGAUACCAAGAGGUACCAAGAAGCAUUACAGUUGGGCUCUCAGUUGCUGAGAGAGUUAAAGAAGAUGGAUGACAAGGCCCUUUUGGUGGAAGUGCAGCUCUUGGAGAGUAAAACAUACCAUGCCCUGAGCAACCUUCCCAAAGCGCGAGCUGCCUUAACGUCUGCUCGAACCACAGCAAAUGCCAUCUACUGUCCUCCUAAGUUGCAGGCUACCCUGGACAUGCAGUCAGGUAUCAUCCAUGCAGCAGAAGAGAAGGACUGGAAAACAGCAUACUCUUAUUUCUAUGAGGCAUUUGAAGGCUAUGACUCCAUUGACAGCCCCAAGGCCAUCACAGCACUGAAGUACAUGCUGCUUUGCAAAAUCAUGCUCAACACGCCGGAAGAUGUCCAAGCCUUAGUGAGUGGGAAGCUUGCACUGCGGUAUGCAGGGAGGCAGACAGAGGCAUUAAAAUGUGUGGCUCAGGCUAGCAAGAAUCGAUCGCUGGCAGACUUUGAAAAGGCACUGACAGAUUACCGGGUAGAACUCCGGGAUGACCCUAUUAUCAACACUCACCUGGCCAAGCUGUAUGAUAACUUAUUGGAACAGAAUCUGAUCCGUGUGAUUGAACCCUUUUCCAGAGUCCAGAUUGAACAUAUAUCCAGUCUCAUCAAACUCUCUAAGGCCGACGUGGAAAGGAAACUGUCACAGAUGAUUCUUGACAAGAAAUUUCAUGGGAUCCUGGACCAGGGGGAGGGAGUCCUGAUUAUUUUUGAUGAACCUCCAGUAGAUAAAACGUACGAAGCUGCUCUGGAGACGAUUCAGAAUAUGAGUAAAGUAGUGGAUUCGCUCUACAACAAAGCCAAGAAGCUGACCUAGAGUUGGAUUUGGUAGCUGUCGUUUGGAGAGUGUGUGUGGCAGGAGAGUGAAACCUUUGGGGAAAAUGCUAGGAGAUUUUUUUUCUUUUUGUUCUACUUUUCGCUCGGAAAGUUUUUAAAUUUCCUCAUUCGGUGCAUCUGUAUUCCAGCCGAUAGGUGUGCCAGUUUCCAUGUAAUCUUUACUGGCCCAACUUGGGAGUGGGGAAUAUUGUUUAAAAAAAAAAAAAGAAAAAAAAGAGGUUAUUCUAAAUAAAAAGAAAAAGGCUUACACUACCUAAUAGCUGUGCUCUCUGCCUCCUGGGAGAGGGCCACAAAGGCGGGCAUCAUGGCCGACCACCAGGGUGCAGGCUCCAUCCGCCGGGCUGUCUCUCUCCUCCUCUUGUCAAUUGGAUAUUUGCUGACCGUCCAAAGCAGCCAACUUUAUAUUCUGUUUGUACUGAACCAAAACAAACGACGGUGUGUGUAGACUGCUCUUUUCUUUUCUAUUGGAAAUGAGGCAUCUCAGUGUUCUUUCCCCUGCCGUGCUUCGCCCCCUCCCCUCGGUCCCCCAAGAACGUGGCUCCAGCAUCCGGGCCUGAAGGGCCUGGCAGCUCCAGUUUUUGGGGCCUGGAGCUGGCCUCCAUCAUGGCCACUCGAGGGAUCAUUGCAGGCCCUCCAGACCCCUGGGGCCUGCUGUGCAUGUGGCUCUUACUCUUUUUAAAACUCGAACAGAAAACUAGACUAGACUUCAGUGUUUUAACGGCCCCCCUUUGCCCCUGGCAUACCCUGGACCCCAGUCAAUAGUGGAGGCUGUCAGCUGUCUCCUCCUCUCCUUCUCCUGGCAGUCUGUGUGUGGAGGAGAGAGGCUGUUCUGAAAUUGACCAGCUUCUCUUCAUCUCUUCCACUCCCCUUUCUCCUGCUGUCAGAUGGAUUUAUUCCUUUUUUAAAACGAUGAACCUUGGAAAUGAGACUGUGGGGGUGUCUUUAGGGUUUUUCUUUUCCUUUUGUAACCGUUUGCGGGGGGUAGAGUGGGGUUGGGGUUUCAAAUGACCUCCUGUCACCCUCCCAGGGAGCUUAUUUAUUUACCUCUUAAAAAUCCAAUUGGUGGGAGGCGGAGCACUGUAUUCCAGCAUGUCUUGUUUUAUGAUGAGAUUACUCAGCAAGGUUUUAAUGCCAUUUGGGCAGUGUAAGCUUCUGCAUCUUUGUUGUGCUGAACUCUCUUAUUCUUCCUCUCAUCUUUCUCACCUGUGCCCAUUUUCUCUCUCUGGUCUAAUCUCUUUUCAUGUCUUCUGCCUUCCCCUCUCCUCUCUCCUCUCUCUUUCUCUCUGUUUUCUUCUCUUUCUCCUACUUUCUGGUCCUUUUUCUCACCCAGAUUUUCUUAAUAAAUUUAUAUUUUGUAAAAGGAUUUUGUUGUACCCAGUUUUGCAUCUUCACCUGAUCUCUGACUGGCUAAAUUCCUUUUUCCAUCUUCCUGUCAUUCCCUGCCCUCCUCCCCCUUCCAGAAUCAUUUCUUUUUGUUCUUAACAUCACCUCUGCCCCCUUUCCUUACCAGUCCCUAUCAUGUCCAGUCACUGUUUUGGUUUUGGCACCAUCAAUAUCAAAUGUACAAACGGUUCUUGCUAACCAACACCAGGUAUAUCUGAUGUUCAGAUGAGUUCCAAUAAAAAGAAUUUUUUUUUCAA